UUAAACCACCACCACGUCGAGCAAAAAGGCCAAGGCCAAGACCACCAAGAAGCGCCCUCAGCACGCAACAUCCAAUGUGUUCGCCGUGUUUGACCAGUCCCAGAUCCAAGAGUUCAAAGAGGCCUUCAACAUGAUCGACCAGAACCGGGAUGGCUUCAUCGACAAGGACGACUUGCAUGACAUGCUGGCUUCUCUAGGCAAGAAUCCCACCGACGCCUACCUGGAUGCCAUGAUGAAUGAGGCCGCGGGCCCCAUCAAUUUCACCAUGUUCCUCGCCAUGUUUGGAAAGAAGUUGAAUGGCACAGAUCCCGAGGAUGUCAUCAGAAACGCCUUCGCCUGCUUUGAUGAGGAAGCAACAGGCACCAUCCAGGAGAAUUACCUGAGGGAGCUGCUGACAAUGGUGGGCGACCGCCUCGCAGAUGAGGAAGUGGAUGAGCUCUACAGGGAGGCCCCCAUUGACAAGAAGGGCAGUUUCAACUACAUCCAGUUCACGCGCAUCCUCAAGCACGGAGCAAAAGACAAAGACAACUGAAGAACUCCAGCGGGAGCUCCUGUCACGUGACCCGACUCACUUCCUUUUCAGCUCCUUCCCCCACCUGUAGGACCUUCUGCACGCCACUUAGUUCACAGCUUUGCCUCUUUUGUAAUGUAUUCAUUUCAGACUCUUCUGUCAUUUAGCGCUUGUAUAAUCAGACUGGAAAUGGGGACAGUGCUGUAAAUUGUAUUGAAAAUGCCAUGCGAAUAAAAAUCAACAAUGUGAAAGCCCAGAAAAAAAAAAAAAAGCAACCUGGGGAAAGAAGGAAUUUAUCUGGCUUAUACUUCCAGGUCUCAGGCCGUUGUGGAAGGAAGUUAGGACAGGAACUCAAACAGGAACAGGAAGCAGAAACCACAAAGGAACGCUGCUUAUGGAUUUAUUUGGUCUUACAUUUAGUUAGCUUUCUUAUGUAGCCCAGGAUGACUUGCCCAAGGAAUGAUGCCGCCCACGGUGGGCUGGACUGUCUCACAUCAAUUGGCAAUCAAUACACUCUCCCACAGCAUGUCUGCCCACAGGUCAAUCUAAGCUAAGCAGUCCAUCAGUUGAGUUUCUCCUCUCAAAUGACUCUAGGUUGUGCCAAGUUG